GUGAAUGUUUUGGUGGCAAAUCGGCUCGAUUCAUAAUCAGAUUUUUGUGAAAAUAAGUAUUUUCAGAAAAAGCAGAAUGAGAUUUCCACUGACUUUAUAUUGUGUACUACUUGGAUUCGUAAUCAGUGUGCAUUCUACAGACGCUUGUAAGGGUUGUGUAAACUUAGAUGAAUAUAACUUCCACAAAAUUAUCUCGAGGUUUGAUGCAGUUCUAGUUAAAUUUGACGUGGCUUUUCCCUACGGAGAUAAACACGAUAUUUUCAAUAAUUUAGCUACGGAAAUAGUGGAUAAUAGUAAUUUCAUCUUAGCACAAGUAGGUAUAAAAGAUUAUGGAGAAAAGGAUAAUGAAGGUCUUGGCAAAAAGUUUGGUAUCAACUCUAAAGAAGAUUUGCCAGCCCUUAGGUUGUUUGUGCAAGGAGAAGACGAACCUUUUUCCUUUGGUAAAAAUGCAGUAUGGGCAGAUGAUACCUUGAAGAAGUUUGUACGUGAUCAUACAAAUAUCUAUUUGGGCUUACCUGGCUGUUUGGAAGCAUUUGAUAAGCUAGCCAUGAAAUUCAGUGCACUCACUAGUCCUACAGAUAAAGAGACAGUCCUCAAAUUGACUGAGAAUGAAGUUGCCAAAUUAACUACACAGAGGGAACAUGAUAUUGCCAACACAUAUAUCAAAUUCAUGAAUAAGGUUAUGGAGAAUGGAGCAUCAUUUAUAGCACAGGAGAUGAAUAGGCUUGGUAAAAUAGUUGGAGGAAAAGUUGCUGAUAAGAAGAGAAUAGAACUGACUAAUAGACUCAAUAUUCUUAAAUCAUUCCAUUCCAAUACAAAGAAGACUGAGCUAUGAUGGCUGUGGAUAUUUUAUUUGUAUGUCAUUGUUUUUGUUAGUUGUUGUGUCUACUUUUCAGUAUCUUCAAAGAAGGUGAAGGAAAUUUAGUUUGAAUGGGUUUUGUGUAUCACCUUAUUAUACAUGUUUUGCAGUUUUAUAUGUAUUGAUAUCUUUUUGUGAUAAAUCAAGAUGGAACUCUAACUAUAUAUAGCUAGUAUUGAAAAUAUUGAAAGGGAUGAUUACAUGGUAUCACACAAAUAUGAAUUGAUUUUAUUUUCCAAGGUGGUGAAUACACAUAACUAAAUUAUAAUGUUUUACCAAUGGAAAAUAGAAUUGAAUUUGAAGGAAGCAUACAUCUCUGGUUCUACUUAUUGUUCCUUAGGUAACCAUUUGUGCAUUUGAUUUCUCCAUUGUUUGCUAAAUAUGGAGAAAAAAAUCUAGUGAUCUGGAGUUACAGCUCACUAAUUUUCUCCAUAUUUAGCAGACAAUGGAUUUCUCACAGAACAGGUGUUCAUUUAUAUUUGUCAUUCAGUAAGUAGGUACACAAUAUGUUCAGAGUAUCCAGAAUUUAUGGGGAAUGUAUAAUCUCUGAGAUAUCUGAAAGUGUUUAUAGACAAUGUGAACACAUCAUUUGGCUAAAAUAUGUGGAUAAACAUGUUUACUACAAUUCAAAUGUUGAUAGUUUUCAGAAUAAAGGGUUUUAUAGCUUUUGAAUCUGCUCUCACAAAAUUUGACAGGGUUGUGAUCUGGAUAAAGUGGGAGUGGGAAAGGGAGUUAUGAGAAGUUUCAGUAGUCUUUAUUAUAACAUUUAAAUUCAAAACUUCAAAACGGCACCUUCCAUGAAUACAUUCUUUGAACAAGAUAUGAUAAGGAAUAAGAUCUCAUAAGUUAUGAAGCUUUUUAGAUAUAGGUGCAGUGCUCCUCUGGUGGUGCCCUCAGCAAUGUGCAUGGUCAUGGUGCCAAAUUUCAUGAUGCUAAUUGAAUAUUAGAUAAUGAUAUUUUAGCCUUUAAAUCCUGGAUUAUCAUUUCUGAACUGUCCUUUUUCCAUUCUAUCUACUCACUAGAACUAUAAAAUGCACUGAUGAUGUACCUAUAUUAGGCAGGAACAUAUACAUAUUAUGAUGAGCUGAUUAAUGCUUUAUGAUUUAAUUAAAAGUAACUGUGUAAUACCUGGAUAUACCUAUCUAUGUUCCAUAUUUGAAAAUAAUAUAAAAAUCCUUUUUUUGAAUAUAGUUGGCAAUCAAAAUGUUAGACUACUCUUUUUUCUACGGCCAUAUAGCACAAAAUUUUUCUUGUUCCAUUGUGUUCAAUCAAUCACCGAGAUAUUUUUGUAUGUCAUCAUAGUAUCAAUUUUAUUUCUGUAUCUGAUAUCACAAUGUUUUCAUUGUGUUAUUAUUUCACAAAAUCUCAACUCCCAUGAAAUGUAAAAUUUUAUGCAAUGUUAUGUGAUGUUUUAUUGAAUAUACAAAUCAGUCAAAUUAGAAUUUUCAAUGUACAGGAAACCUUCUUCCAAUGAGAUAACAUCAUACCAUAUUCCAUUACUUUCAUCUUUUCAAUCAUAAAUUGGCUGAUUUUCAUGCUUUUCACCAUUCCUUUAAACAACCAUCGUUUUGACGCAGAAUUCAAUAAUAUUUAACAAAUUGCUGUUAAUAAUGACUUCCCCAUC